AUAAGUGCACACCGGUAAACAUCUACAAAUAUUUCGGAUUUUUAAGUGUGCUAGCCACAAUAAUAUAUUAUAAUUAUAUAAAUAUACCAAAAAGUACCAAUUUUCUUGAAUAAAAAUCAAAAGCUUGUAAGUUGUGAAUAAUGUGGCCAAUCCUAAUGGCGGUACUCCGUCGCAAUGCUGUCUACAUAACACUACCGAUCGCUGGUGUCGUGGGUUUCAUUGGUUAUAACCUCGAGCGAAUACUCUCGGACAGACAUACUCCAUAUAAUAAAUCCAUACAGGAAAAUCGAGCUGAACGACUGGCCGAGGAAGAGCUAACUAACCCUACACAUGUGGACAAGUUGCGUCUAAAUGUAAAUAUACUGGAAAGAAAUCUGCCUCCUUCGUUGCAGCCAAAGUCUUGAAUUAAAAGUGUUAGCUGUUUGGAAGGAAAAUAGAUAUAAUAUGUAAUUUUCAUUUCUUUUAAGGUUUUGCUUUUUAUAUGAUAUAUUUGAAAUUAUGUAAAAGUGUUAAUAUGAUAAUUGUUGUAUAGAUCAUAUAAUAGAAAGACACUUUAAAAAUUUAAAUUAAGUAAAGGAACGAAUUAGCACAUUGAAUUUUGAAACGGUAUAGGAAGGAAUAUAUCCGUAUAUAGCUCACAUUAAACAGUUAAAUUGCUCAUCAGUUUCAUUUAAAUAUGUUCUUAUAAAUAUGUUCAUAUGCCAGAAGCAUGAAUGUGCAAAUUUUUCAUUUUUGAAUUAAUAUGUUGACUGGAUUAUCCUGGAUUAGAAAUGAGGAAAAUAUGAGCUCUCCAUUUUUUUUAUUUAUGCCAACCCACAUUAGCAUUGCUAAGCAAUAAUCACAGCAGCAACGCUUUUCUGUAAUAAUAAAAAAAACAUCCCUUGCGGGGAUCGAACCCGCGACCUUUGGAUUAGAAGUCCAACGCGCUAUCCACUGCGCCAAAGGGACGAGUGGAGGCGCGUGUCAUAUUUAUCGAGACAGAUAUUAUGCAAUAUUAAUUCUCAAAGUAAAUUCCUUCGCGCUAGUACAUUUC